CGACUGCAUUAUGCUCCUACUACAAGGACUUAAAUACAUAUGAGCCCGGUUCCGUGGAGGAACAAACCCGAGGGUCUCUAGCUGUUCUCAUGCUAGCCAACCAUAACACGACGACGGUGCUGGUUUCUACCUGCUGCUCGCCAUGAUUAAUCUGAUGGUAACGCUGGUUGGUGCUUGGCUCAUGCCCGUGGCCUCUGGGCUGAGCCAGUCGACCUUAUUCACCACAUCCGCAUCCGCCUCGUACGCGCAAUUCACUAUCCCGGCUGAAGCGGAUGUGGGGGCUCAAUUGAUUGCCAACAUUGAUGAUCCUCAGGCAGUCGAUGCACAGUCAGUGUGUCCCGGUUACAAGGCCUCAAACGUGCAACAGAGCUCCCAUGGCUUCACGGCACGCUUGGACCUGGCCGGGAAGGCAUGCAAUGUUUAUGGGACAGAUAUUGAUACCUUGACCUUGACGGUGGACUACCAGGCAUCAGAUCGACUGAAUAUACAGAUCCUUCCCACGUAUGUCGACGCCUCUAACUCCUCGUGGUUUAUCCUAUCAGAGGAGUUCGUACCUAGGCCCGAGUCAGGUGGUGGUGCAACAAAUUCCAGCAGUGAUCUCACAUUCUCCUGGUCCAACGAGCCGUCGUUCCACUUCAAGGUCGUUCGCAAGGCUACCGGUGAUGUCUUGUUUGAUACUGGAGGUACUGUCUUGGUCUAUGAGAACCAAUUCAUAGAGUUCUCGACAUUCCUGCCAGAAGAAUACAACUUGUACGGUCUCGGAGAACAUUUCAACCAGCUCCGUCUGCUCAAGGAUGCGAAUGUCACCAUGUAUGCGGCGGAUAUCGGAGAUCCUAUUGAUAGCAACCUAUACGGGCAACAUCCGUUCUACCUUGAUACGAGAUAUUUUAAGGCUGACGGCUCUCACAAGCAUGCGAAGAGAAGUGCAUUCAAUGCCUCUGAACAAUACACUUCCUAUUCGCAUGGCGUGUUUUUGAGAAACGCCCACGGGCAAGAAGUGCUGUUAAGAUCUCAGAGGCUGACCUGGCGAACUCUUGGUGGAGGCAUUGACCUGACCUUUUAUUCGGGCCCUACCCAGGCCGAUGUGACCAAGCAGUAUCAAGUUAGCACCGUGGGCUUGCCAGCCAUGCAGCAGUAUAGCACCCUCGGCUUCCAUCAAUGUCGCUGGGGCUACAAUAACUGGUCUGAACUUGCAGAAGUUGUUGCUAACUUCGAGAAGUUCGAAAUUCCCCUAGAGUAUAUCUGGACCGAUAUCGAUUACAUGCACGGAUAUCGUGACUUCGACAAUGAUCAACAUCGCUUUUCUUACAGCGAGGGUGCAAAGUUUCUCAGUCAACUUCAUGACAGUGGGCGCUACUACGUGCCAAUUGUCGAUGCCGCGCUGUACAUUCCCAAUCCCGAGAAUGCGUCUGAUGCUUACGACACAUAUACUCGUGGCGCUGCAGAUGAUGUUUUCAUCAAGAAUCCCGAUGGUAGCCUAUACAUCGGCGCUGUUUGGCCUGGGUACACUGUGUAUCCCGACUGGCAUCAUCCGAGAGCAACAGACUUCUGGACCAAUGAGCUGGUUCUGUGGGCCGGUAAUUUGGCUUAUGAUGGGGUAUGGUAUGAUAUGGCUGAGGUCUCCUCAUUCUGCGUGGGCAGCUGCGGGACUGGUAACCUCACUCUGAACCCGGUGCAUCCGCCGUUCCUGCUUCCUGGUGAGCCUGGAAACAUCGUCUACGACUACCCGGAGUACUUCAACAUCACCAAUGCUACUGAAGCAGCCGCUGCUUCAGCGGGGGCAGCCAGCCAGGCAGCCUCAGUCGGGUCCUCAUCGUCCACUUCUAUAUCCUACCUGCGUACGACACCUACACCUGGUGUGCGUGAUGUGAAUUAUCCGCCAUACGUGAUUAAUCAUGUGCAAACUGGCCACGACUUGAGUGUCCAUGCCAUCUCACCGAAUUCUACCCACUCUGAUGGAGUACAGGAAUAUGAUGUCCACAGUCUAUUUGGUCACCAAGGCCUGAAUGCUACCUACCAAGGUCUGCUCAAGGUCUGGUCCGGCAAGCGCCGUCCCUUCAUUAUUGGGCGCUCGACUUUUGCUGGUUCAGGCAAGUGGGCUGGACACUGGGGCGGAGACAACAUCUCGAAGUGGGGAUCCAUGUAUUUCUCAAUCGCUCAGGCGCUUUCCUUCUCUCUCUUUGGCAUCCCGAUGUUCGGAGUUGAUACUUGUGGAUUCAACGGAAAUACGGACGAAGAGCUUUGCAAUCGCUGGAUGCAGUUAUCGGCCUUCUUCCCGUUCUACCGAAACCACAAUGUACUCUCGGCCAUCCCGCAAGAACCAUAUCGAUGGGCCUCGGUCAUUGAAGCAACCAAAACCGCCAUGCAAGUUCGUUAUGCUUUAUUGCCUUAUUAUUAUACCCUAUUCCAUCUCGCCCACAGCACUGGAUCUACGGUCAUGCGUGCGCUCGCCUGGGAAUUCUCCAAUGAUCCUACUUUGGCUGGCGUGGAUACUCAAUUCCUCGUUGGCCCUGCGAUCAUGGCCAUACCCGUGCUCGAGCCGCAAGCCGAUAGCGUGAAUGGUGUCUUUCCCGGAUUGGCUCAUGGAGAAGUGUGGUAUGACUGGUAUACACAGACGGUUGUCGAUGCAGAGGCGGGCGUGAACACGACAAUCUCGGCCCCACUGGGCCACAUUCCAGUCUACGUACGCGGUGGCAAUAUCCUUCCUCUUCAGGAGCCGGCAUUGACUACUCGUGAGGCUCGGAAGUCUCCUUGGUCCUUGCUAGCUGCGCUUGAUAGUGACGGUGCUGCAUCGGGACAACUCUACCUUGAUGACGGGGUGAGCGUCGAUCCCAACGCGACGCUGAAGGUUGAUUUUUCGGCAUCGCGCUCGAGCCUGCACGUUUCGGCGAAGGGAGAUUGGGCGGAAAAGAAUCCACUUGCGAAUGUUACGGUGCUGGGAGUGAAACAGAGACCCUCAUCGGUAAAGCUCAACGGGAAACAACUGUCGAAAGUUCAAUAUAACUCGACGUCGCAUAUUUUGCAUGUUGGCGAUCUGCAGGAUGUAACGAGAAGCGGUGCAUGGGCUGAGGACUGGGUUUUGGAGUGGUAGUGGCGAUGAAUGAUGACUCCUUAUGUGUCUAUGAUGCGAGUAUAGCAGCGUUCUGUUGAAUAAAUUUUAUUUAUGAGAAGCGAUCUGCGGUCGGGCGGACCAUCCGCCGACAUUCUUUGCCGAGACUGAGGACAAAAUUGCCAACCAUAACAUUGUCGACCAUUGAUAAAUCGAGUCGGAACGACCCAAAGGG